ACACACACACACACACACACUCCUCUCACGCGACUCUUCAGCCAGCAGUAGAAGAGACACCGAGCCUUCAGCAGCAGGAACAAAAUGUCUGGUCAGACUUUUGAAUCAGGUGUGAAGUCCAAGAUGGAUGAGGGCAUGAAUAUGAAGGAUGAGGAGAAGCUUUACAGGAGAAAUGGGAUCCUCUACUCCACAAUCAUGAGCCCACCGGAGAACCUGGAUGCCUUGAAGGACCUGGAGGCCAGGGAGGAUGAUGUCUUGCUGGUGGCAUAUCCCAAAUGUGGUUGCAACUGGAUGGUGGGUGUGUUGAGGAAAAUUAUGACUACAUGUGGAUACACUGUCCCUCAAAAGCCUCCGCUGAUCGAGUUCCACUCUCCAGAUGCACAGAAGGCUAUGGGUCAGAUGCCAUCACGGCGUUUUAUUGCGACUCAUAUGCACCCUGAUUUAAUCCCUGCUUCAUUUAAGACCCAUAAAACAAAGAUCUUGGUGAUAUUUCGAAACCCCAAAGACACUGCCGUCUCUUAUUACCAUUUCAUGAACAACAACCCGGUGCUGCCCAAAGCCGAGUCCUGGGACAAAUUUUUCUCCGAUUUCAUAUCUGGUGAAGUUGGCUGGGGUUCAUAUUUUGACCAUGCCGUGGCCUGGGACAAACGAAUGGACGACCCUAAUGUGUUGAUUGCGACCUAUGAGGAACUGAAAGAGAACCUCUUGGAGGGUGUAAAGAAAAUUGCAAGCUUCUUUGGCUUCAGUCUGACAGAGGAACAGGCCAAGGGGAUUGCUGGAGAGAGCACGUUCAGUGCCAUGCAGUCAAGCUCUUCAGCUUCUCAUGGACAGUUUGGCAAUGUCUUUUUCCGAAAAGGUGUGGUAGGAGACUGGAAGAACCACUUCAGCGAGGCUCAGAGUAAACAGAUGGAUGAAGAGUUCAAGAAGAAACUAUCAGGAACCAAACUGGGAGCCAAGCUUAAAUACGAGCUGUACUGCCAGUAGUCAAACAUUUAAACACGAUUUUUAUUUUUCCUCAAUAGUGAUUUUUAGGCAUAAAUAAUUAACACAUUGUAUUUUUCAGAUAGCUCAAAUGAUAACUUAGGACUGUCAGUGUCCUCACAUUGAGGUACAUGAUUACCAUCUUAUACACAAUUACCUCCAGACCUCUCCAGUGCUAUUAUCUUAACACCAUUAUCCUAAUUUGUAUCGGUGCUUCUGUAUUGUCUAUUAUCCAACAUUGCUGACGGUGAGAGAUGCCACACAUCUCGGCCAUUUCUGUUUAUAUUUUCUACACAAAAACUCUAAUAUAUCUUUGACUUGAGCAAAGAUGUCAGGUUUUAAAUAACAUCAAACUAAUAACUUUUUUAAUAUAAGAUGCGUGUUACUUUGUCACUGCACAGACAAUGAAAUUUAAUAUUAUAUAAAUGUCUUUUGUAUCAUUUUGGACAUCAAAGUAAAAAAAAAAAACAAUCCGUGGAAUAAGGCAGCUCUAAAAAGUGAGGAAUAACUUUUUUUUUUCUUCUGGAUACCUGCUAAAUUGAAUUAAUUUUCCAAUGAAGGUGAUACAUGUUUUGCAUGCCAUUUUCUGAUUAAUAAAAUCAUCUCUAACAUGAGCAUGUUUUGCUCUAAUUAUUAUUAAAAUAAAAGCAAAAGAAUCACAAAUCAAUUUUGAUAAUUGACAAAUUUAUAUUUCACAAAGAACCAAGGAAUAUGAGCAAACAUUUAAGUAACAGUAACUAAUGAUUGAUAAUCACUGUGACCAUAUAAACAAGCUUGUAUGAUGUGUAUGGCAGCCGUUGGUCAUGAUACAAAUUAGCUAGAUAAAUAGGGAUAUUGGAAGUUGUUUACCCUUAUGUGAAAAUCUCACACAUUUGGGAUGUGAUCAUAGGUUUUUCCACAACACUGUGCAAACAAUAUGAGAAUGUCAGAGUGCAGGCACUUACAGAUACAUGAGCAGGGGAGAGCGAGUGCAUAGCAAACAGGUGUCCAGAUCCAAAUCUCGAAGCAUUAAACAAAGUCGUGGUCAGGCAUGGGUCGGUCAAUUGCCAAACAUUCUGUUUAGUACACGGGAGAUUGCUCUAAGACAACGAGGGAGGCUCAGCCUCCUCUAAAAAUGCCCUUAUAACUUUAAUGUGUGCGUGAGUUUCUCCCCCUCAUGACAGCGCGAUGCAACACAGCCUCAGUGGACUUCAAUGGCAUUUGGGAGCUCUGCGCUUUUCAAUCUCAAAAUGCAAGACGAUUAUUGGACAAAUACUGCGAAAACGCCCGCCUACGGACUCCCACGGACUCCCAGCCUCAGUGGACUUCAACGGCAUUUGGGAGCUCUGCGCUUUUCAAUCUCAAAAUGCAAGACGGUUAUUGGACAAAUACUGCAAAAAACGCCCGCCUACGGACUCCGAGCCUCACAUGGGAGGGACAUGGCAGUUUCCGCGAGGAGACUGGUGAUUGGUGAAAGCGACCGGAUAUUUUCUUUGAUUGACAGUUCGUUUCAACUAUAGACAGGCAGCGGUGAAUCUACGGUUUCUACCAGCUUUUUUAGUUUGUAUAUAUUUUCAUUGUAAAUAAAGUGUAAAUAUAG